AUGCCGGCUCCGGGAGAUUGUCAUUCAGCCAAUUCCAGCGGGCGUUGCAAGAGGACUCGGCGCCACUUGCCGAGGCCGGAGUACCCAACGUUUUCGUUGACCAGGCAAAAGCAAUCAUUGCCGAUAACUGUGGAUCUCCCCUGCCCCCAGAAGACAGACGAGGUGAUCAUAAUCGCCCACGGACGGACAUUUCCAACGAGGAUUUCGUGA